AUGCAGCCCUGGACCCUCCUCAUGGCUGCCCUCCUGGCUUCUGUCUGAGCUGUGGAGGCACAGGAUGCCUCCCUUCUGGGCUUCAUGCAUGGCUACGUGCAGCAAGCCAGCAAAAGAGCCCAGGGCGCGCUGACCAGUGUACAGGAGUCCCAGGUGGCCCAGGGAUGGAUGACAGACAGCUUCAGGUCCCCGAAAGACGAUGGGAGUACACUUAUGGGCACGUUCUCCAGCUUCUGGGAUUCAACCCCCGAGGCCACACCAGCAGCCCCAGACCUCAAGACCCCGAGUCUGCCAGAGCUGGCGGAUAGAGGGGGUGGCAGUGCUCGGAGCCCCUUGGUGGCUGGCUGGCUGGCUUGCAUAGCUGUGCCUGAGGACACAGUGGCUGCUUCCGGAUAG